AUGAACGAGACCGAUAAUUUCCAAGAAGCAGUUCCUACUGACAUACAAUCCUUGAAGGCUAGUAUGAUAAAAUGUACAGAAACACUUUCUGAUUGCAUGAAAAUAAAGACUGAUGAUAUUAUUGUUAAAGAUAAAAUGAAAGAAAUCAUUAAAGUUCGUUUGGAGUUUCAAGACUUUGCUGAGAUGUCUGUUGACCACUGCACAAAAUUAUCAGGUUAUAUUGUAGACUUGGAAGGGGUCGUAGACCUUGUUAAUGAUAAAACAAUUUGUGUAGAAGAUUUUAUCGAUAUGAUAAAAUCAUUAUCUGAUGAAACCAAAGAUUAUGAAGCAAUUUCACAGGAUUUAUUAGGACAAAUCAAGUCAUUCUUAGAUAAAUUUUUUCAUAUUAAUGCCGAUUUUAAAUCUUAUAUGAAUGAAAUCAAAGAGGCAAUUGAUGAGAUGAAUCUUGAAUUAAAAGAUGCCGAAAAUAAAAAACAAAAACUGGAAGAACUAUAUAAUAAAUUUAAACCAAAACUUUGGGAACGCGCACUUAAUAUAGGAGCGACAGCUUUGGGAGUAGCUAUAGCACCUGAACUUGCAUUGGCAUUUGUAAUUACAUACAUAAUUAGUGAAUAUUGUAGAUAUGAUAGAACAGAUCUACUUGACGUUGCAGCAGAAUUAGUAAAAUAUCAACAAAAUUCAAUAGAAAAAAAAACAGGGGAUUUCAAUGAUUUACAAGUCCUUACUAAAGCAAUUGCUGAUAUCGCUUUAUCAUUUACUACUUUUAAAAUAUUUUGGGAUAAGCAAAGAGAAACACUUUCCAGGAUUCUUAAAAAUUUGAAUACUGCAAGUAAAGAGAAUAGAGUCAACAAACUUAAAGUUAAACUUAUCGGUAAACAGCUAGAUAAAUUGAAAUCUUCCAUUUCCGAUUAUAAUUAUACAAUCUCAAAAAUUUUAACACAUGAUAAGAUGAUUAAUUAA